AUGUCUAUGAAACAGAGUCCAAGCAGAAGAUACUCAGAAGGCUCAAUAUUAAUUUUGGCUUUACCAUGCCACUUAGAGUUGCCACAAGGGGUUGAAAAUAUUGAAUCAGGGAUUAAAAUUUCAAAUUUACUGAGUAUACACAAAGUUCUUACUACUUUUGCUUUUGAUUGGGAAAUCGGGACAUUAGAAGGCGAAAAGCCAUCAGUAAUAAAUGAUGACAGUUCAGAAGACGCUGUUGAUUUCUAUCGAAGCUACUUAGAAAGACUAAAUUCCCCAACAAACCUCAAUGAAAUCCGAGGAAACGAGUACUCUGCCAUCAUCAUUCCCAGUUUUCCUGCGAUUAUUGCAAACUUCAAAGGCGAGCCCCUCAUAAACAAAUUAGGGAAAAUUCUCCGAGAAGUAUAUCUAGAAUGCAAAGGAAUGCUUUGUAUCGGCCAUGGAAUUGCCGCAGCUUUUGAAAGUAAAGAUGCUAAAGGUAAAUGAAUUUUUGAUGGUUUCAAUAUUGCAAGUGUCCCACUAAUUCAGCAAUGAAACGACGAAUAUUUCCCAUUGAUCCCUUUCUUAAUAGAGGACAAAAUCCGCGAACUUGGAGGGAACUUCUGCUCCAGCGAGCCAUCUCAGCACCUUAUAAUAAUUGACAGAAAACUAAUAAGCUGCCAAUGCGAGCUCAGCCUAAAUCUAGCAUGUACAUCUUUAGGAUAUUUAUUAAGAGAUUCAAUUGACUAA